CCGAGAGUAUAUAAAGUGAUGACCGGGACCGGACAGUCCUUCAGAGCUGACACCAAGCUAGCUACAACUAGACACCCUGGACUCAAGAACCAGCAUCAAGAUGCCUACUAGAUCAAACAUCACCAGCAGCAUACCUGCAUCACACAAACCAAUGACUAAGUCAAAGUCGGUGCCUGUUCCCAAAGAGAUUGUCCCUGUCUAUGACCCUAAUGCCCCAGAGCCCACAAACAGAACCGACCUUCUGAAAUAUUGGAUCAACCUCUCCCUCGAUGAAAAGACAGCCAAUAAGGCGCUUUGGAUCUCAGAGGGCGGGGCCAAGGUGUCUCGCAUGACUGAUGAGGUCUUGUGCCCGGUGCUGGACAGACCCGAGAGAUAUGAAGACUCUCCACAGGUGCUCUGCAAGGAGAGAAUCUUGGAAUUCCGGGGCUACUGGGAAGUGGAGUACACUGGGUGGGUGGUCGUCGGAGUCACGUCCGAAAGAGCAGCAAGGCGCAGCAGGGAUGGGCUCUGUGGCCUUGGGGAGAAUGAGGAGUCCUGGGGCCUGACCUGGGUUGGCUCCCACUAUCAGCUGUGGUUCAAAGGGAUCAACAAAGAAAUCCGCAAUGUUCCCCAGUCCUUAACCAUUGGGGUCUAUCUGGACCAGCCGGCCGGACUCGUCUGCUUCUACUGCGUAAACGAAGUGAUGGAAGGAGAGGAGGGCACAGGAAGGAAGGAAGUCAAGCUGCUGGGGAGGGAGAAGUUCUCCCUCAAGGAGAACAUGCUGCCUGGUUUCUGGGUCGGACCAAACUCAUCUUGCACAAUAGUGAAGAGAAAGGAGUAAAAAAAAACUGCAAAAAUGUACUUGUUGUUUUGUUUAAUGGUAAGAUCGGAAAUAAAUAUUUAGAUAUUGUAUAUUUCAGUAGCGUGGUUGAACGUGAUAAAAGCAGACAGCUUUUGAAGGAAACUCUAGCUAAGGUUGAGUGACACUGUUACUCAGUAAACAUUUGUAAUGGUACAGAAAAGUUUUUAUUUAGUUGAUGUAGGCUUAUUGAAUUAGACAUGUAUGUUACAAUUAAUGUUUAUGUUAUAUGUUAUAUAAUAUUAUUUUUUAUUCAGUUAGCGAUUACUUCUUGUGACCAGGGGCACUGGGAAGUUUUGGGUCCCUUGGGAAGAUCAGUCAUUGGUUCAAUGGUAGCACUUACCAUCCGGGCAGUGUGGGUCCUCUUCCCAAAAGGGGCCCCCUUAUAUGAAAUUUAUAUUUUUUGUAUGGUUUGAAUAAUGUCUAAUGUAAAACACAUAGAAAUGUUUAAUGUGAUGGAUUUACUAAAUAAAAUAUAUUAUUUACUCAA